GUCUUCAUAGUAGCCGUAGGAAAGAAUUAAAAUCUUCAUCGUCAAGUUGACUCGGUUUCCAAUUUCCGAUUGGAAUCAAAUUCAUUUAACAAGUUCGUCUUGCUGUCGGAAUUUUUUCAGGGAGUACACAAAACAGAGCAAACUACUAAUCUGAUUGAGGUUUAGGAUUAGGAACGUAUACAAGUUCCAAAGGAGGAAAAAUUGGAAAUGGCUGGAUCUGUGAUGGCGUAUUGCUGUUGCAUAUGUCAUGAGGAUAUGGGAACUCAAGGCAAAUCAAACGAAUUAAAGCCAUUGCUAACGACAAAGUGUGGCCACCUUUUCCACACUUGUUGUCUUCAGAAGUUCUUUUCUAGUUCCGGAGACAAUCUUGCGUGGGGUCCCAAAACUUGUCCGGCAUGCAAAACUUCACUCACGAUUGCCACUGACACUAUCACAAUUUUUCCAUCAAUCGUAACAAUCCCGGAGACCGUAACUCGUCCAUCAUUCGAAGAACUGACUGCAAGGAUCAGUCAGUUGAAAAAUCAAAUCGUGGAGCUGAGCACUAGAUUAGAAAUGUCAUUUUUGAAAAAUCGAGAAUCUGAAAAAAUUGCAACACGAUGCCGGGCCGACAACGAAGCAUUGGUCGGAAAGUUGAAUUUACAAAUGAAAACUGCUUCCGAAUAUAUUUCUCAAUUGCACUGGUUGGCAUCUUCAAACCUGCAGUUGCAGAACAGCGUUUUAUCAUUGUCCAAUCGACUAGUGGAAUGCAGCAAUCCUCCAUUUCCUCCAUAUUUUAUGAGGCCAAACGGACCAAUGAUGAGACCCUAUUUUCCCCCACUGAUGAACAGUGCUGUGGGACCAAGACGUUCGUUUCCUCCCCCAAUAACCAAAAGAGGGAUUUUGGGGUCCCCUCCAUCCAGGUCCAUCAACACCAUUCCACGUUUACGAGUGGACUUCAAAGCAACAACCACAGCGUUUGAGGAGGUUAAAGCGUUGUCAGCGAAAUUUAUGCAAGCUGUGGCUAUUGGUUCAAGUGGUGGUGGGGAUAAAUACGAAUCGGUGUUUACCAAAUUCAAUGGUCCCAAAAAUGAAAAUGGACCAGCAACUACUCUCCAAGAUUUUCAAGAUACCGUUAUGAUGAAUGAGCCUUCGGAUCCCAAGAUUAUUGAAAAGGACGGGAAUGACAACCGUCCCAAUGGAAUUAAUGAUUCUCUUGACCAACAAAAACUCUCGUGUGAAAAACAAAGCUUUUGGAAAUAUUGGUGUGACAAAUGCAAAAUUUCUUGGGAAAAUCGUGGAGGACAAGAUCCACCAAGGAAUUUUUGUCACAGCUGCCAUAAAACCGUCCUCCCGCAUGCUCAGAUGGGGACUGAAUAACACUGUACAAGUUCCAUACAUAUAUAUCUUUUUAACGAUUUCUGAUGCAUAGAAUUUCUCGGAUGUGCAUUAAUUUGGACUUAUUUUCUAGAAAGUUGACUUAUUUUUGUUAACGCGACUCUUGUACUUUUUAUAGUUUUGUUAAAGCAUAUUUCUAAUAUUUAAUCUAAUAUUUUUGUGAGGGGCCGAAUGGUGAUUUCGGACGCCUAUCCGAAUCAAGUAGAGGUUUUCCCAACCCACUAACAUCGAGGUUUUCCUCUACUACCCAAACCAACUACUUUUGAUUAGUGUAUUUUAUAUUUUAUAAAGUAUUUGGAUAUACAAAUAUUCGAAUAUUUUUCAAUAUUUUUGUAUUGAUUGUUACGUGUUCCUUUAGGAACUUUUAUCACAAAAUAAAUUCUAUUCUUAUUCAACAACUUGUUUUACUAC